CUUUCUUUUUCCUCCUUCCUUUUCGACCCCCAAAGACAUGCCGGACCUUUUGGACGGUCGGCUUCAGUCGCUCGGCGGGAACCAAACGGACCAUAGCACGUGACGAUAUAUCCGAACCCGCUCGCGACUUUCGUGUUUUAUUUUUCUUUUUCUUUUUUUUUUUAUUUUCUUUCUUAAAAAAGAAAGAAAAAUUGACAACACAAACACAUACCGACGAUACUCGUCUGUGUCUCUCUCUCUUUUUUUUUCUUCGGAAAGAAAAAAAAAACAGUUUUCAACUCAAGACAAGAAGGAGAUAAGAAAAAAAAAAAGAGUGCUGGUGUCCUGUGCAUAUUUUGUUUUGUCUUCUUUUCUUGUGUCCGUGUUCUGUGUUUUACAGUGUAUUAUUCAAAGUGGUCUGUGCGUAUAGACGUACACUGCAUUCGAGAAAAGGGAAAAAACUUCUCUAUAUACCGCCAUAUCUCUGCAUAUCUAAAAGAAAGCAGCAGAUUUAAAGCGAAGGAGCUUCUCAUUUCUUAUUAUCUAUUUAUUUUUUUUUUUUUUUUGAAAUAUUUUUAAUUCAAAAGUUUCUUUCAACUUCGGUGCGGAUUAAUAUUUGUAAGCUCCAUUCCGGUGCGGUCGCCAUGAACGACGGGAUUGUAUUCAUUAUUAUUGUUCGGCCGGCGGUUAUUGCUCGUCUCAGUGCCUCCGUCGAUCACGCUCCGUCGUCAAGGGACAACUAAUCCGGAAGAAAUUCGUUGACGCCUCUAGGUAAUUUCUGAAGGAUCAGCAUAAAUAAGCCAGAAGAGCAAACAGCACAUCUUGACCGACGUGGUUCGUCAGUUUUGCAUCCAAGAAAAACAAACGCCAUGAUGAGCAGCGCCGUCUCGACGUUGGUGUUGAUGGGGUUAGCCGUUACGUGGCUACUAUCGGUGCCAACGAUGGCAACAGGCAGCAGCUCAACUAAGGGUCACGACGCCCUGGAAGACGAUACGGACGAUGCGGCGGCGUAUGCGCGUUACAUGGCCGCCACGGAAGCGUCCGCUCCGCUGAUGCAGCGCCGUUCGCAACAGCAGCAUCACGAUCCGGCAGCGGCUGCCGUUGGCCGCGCUAGUUCAUCGUCAUCUUCUUCGGCUAGCGCCGGCAGCGGUAGUCAUAGCGGUGGCGCUGGCAGGGCUGCCUUUAAAAGUAUUUACCGAUCCUCGGGUGGUCACGUGACUCUGCUGCAUUCCAACGACUACGCGGCCGCCGUGGCGGCCACUCGCCGUCGCUUAGUGCACGUCUGGAGCCCCUGGUCUUCCUGGUCGCCGUGCAGCCGCACUUGCGGAGGCGGAAUCACCGCUAGGCACCGCACCUGUCGCAUCGAAUACGCCAGGGUGUCGCAGGGCUCGGGAAUCCGAUCCAGUUAUCAACAAUGCACUGGAGAAUCUUCGGAAUAUUCUUCGUGUAAUCCGCAGUCGUGCUCGACGGCAGCGGCCGGACAUCCCGAAGAUUUCCGGCUCUUUCAAUGUUCUCUCUACAAUAACCGCACCAUCCGGGGCCAUUACGUCGCCACUUGGACGCCAUAUCAAAUGGGUGCCAACCAGUGCGAAUUGAGUUGCAGGGCAGGUAACAGACCCAACGGGCUGGUCUAUUCGUUCGGUAAAGUGCUGGACGGCACUCGUUGCACCAUCGAUCCGGAAAAUCCUUACAAAGAGUUCUGCAUCAACGGUCGCUGUCUGGCGGUAGGCUGUGACGGACGGGUGGGGUCCGCGGCCAAGCGGGACAUGUGCCACGUCUGCGGCGGGAACAACAGCACGUGCCAGCGGGUAGCCGCUGUCGCUUUCCCUCAGAGUGCCGACUUUACCGUUAGAACACGCAACCCUCAACGAGUGACGGAAACGUAUGGAUAUAGUCCGGUUGUACGCAUACCCCGAGGCGCUACGCAUAUCCGGUUGACCGACAACAGCAGUAAUUAUCUGGCUUUAAUGGAUGAACGCGAAAGGUAUUUCCUCAACGGCAAUUGGAUCGUCGACUGGCCGGGCCGUUACGAAACGUCAGGCGUGGCUUUCCAUUACGAACGCACCAAAGAUUCAGAAAUCGUGCACAGUCGUGGACCUCUACAACAAGAUUUGAUUGUCAUGGUCCUUGUUCGUGAGAAAGAUCCGGCCAUUUAUUACGAAUAUUGGAUGCCACGUCAAGCGCAGACUUAUCGGAUGACUGUCGACGCGUUCGCUUCCGACGCUCAGCGGGUCGUCUCCGCUCGUCCGACCGUCGCUCCGACCACCGCAAUGCCGUUGACGACAAGUCGGCGGGUUGUCACGUCCAGGAUGACGACGUCUAAGCCAACGACGACGACGCCAUCGGCCGUGAUAUUUCAGCAUCACAACAGCACGGCCGAGACGAAUGUGAACGAAUGGGAAGAGUACGAGCCCCAGCCGACGGCCGCCAGUUUAGUGAGAAGUCCGCCGCGGAUCACUUACGGCGGUUUCAUGAUCCCUUUCUUCAAUUCCAUCACGACGACGACGACGACGACGCCCAGGACGACGACCACCACCAGUAAACCAACGAAGAAAAGUCGGCCGAGGAGCUCGAAGAAAAAAGCGAAUGCAGUUGUUGGCGAUAUUGAAGAAGUCCGCCAUCAUCUCGGCUUGAUUCACAAAAAGCGUCCGAAAACAUCGGCCGUUAGGAGCGGAGUUGUCAACGGACAUCCGCCGGGAUCGUGUUCGGUUGACGGUUCUUGCUGGAAAACGGUGAACGGCAAGAAACAUUUCUGCCUCAGCGAAUUCGUUUUGCGAUGCAAAGUGCUUGGAUACGAAGUGAUAAACGGUGAGACCCGCUACGAGAUCCAGGUGGUGCAAUCCUACAAGAACAUGAUCCCGAUUUUGAGCCGGGAAUUCAUUUGGGCCGAACCGGCAGCCGAUUGCCCUUGUCCGUCUCCUUAUUUAAGGACGGGCACCGACUACAUCAUCAUGGGCAAGACGGACAGGAAGUUCCGACGUAACGAGAUCCGCUUGCUGCUCGAUUCCGACAGCUACGUGCGCGUCUACAAUCAAGCCAAUGCGGAGCGAGUGCUGCGCAUCCGCCGAGACGAGGCUAAAUUCUGUCAAAAAUAUAAAACGAAAUUCAAUCUGACGACCUAAAUAAUUUUUUUUUUAUUAAAUCUGUUUUUUUUUUAUUUUUUGUUGGCACAAUAAGUCAGAUUUAUUAAUGUCUUUUGCAGCAUUUUUGUAUUGACGUUUGUACUCAAUGACCCACCUACAAUACCAGUCCGCUUCUACAUGAUGGACUGGAUUUGUUUGGAAAAAGAGAAAAUGGCGGUUGAUAUUUGGACAUUUUGUAUUGCCAUUGGCAUCUUCGAUGUUGUGUCAUUUAGUCUGGCGAUAGACAGUACAUGGAUAGCUAAAAAAAAAGCAAAAUUAAAUGUGUAUAAAUAUAUAAUCAUGACAUCAAAUCAUUUUCGUUUUCUCUCGUUAGCUUAGCAAUAACGUGACACAUGUAAAUAUAUGCGAUUGUACAACCAAACUUUUCAUUUUCUGCUGUUUAUCUCUUUUGUUGUUGUUGUUGCGUGUAACAUGUCCGUUGGAGUUGCUGUCUUUUUCUUCUCCCGAUGAUUGUAAUACAAGCUUUUCAGUUUUGACUGUCAA